AUGGACCAAGGCCUCGCCCCUAAGCAAGCCUUUGUGGAGGGCCGUGUCAUUGGCGCGAACACUGCGGAAAAGGCCUUGAACUCGAUGGCGGGCGUUUACAUCGGCUAUGCGGUACCCAUCCGGACGGGCCGUGCCAUCGACAGACCGGGCAGACCUGACACGACUACUGUCUUUCCUGGCCCGCGUGCCGACCAGCCGGGCAAAGCCAAUACCUUAUCCGAAUUUUUUGCUACUAAUGCCGCCACACAUCCUCUUCUGGCCCCUUCUCAGGAAGACAUCAACCAGUCGGGCAUUUCCCUAACCACAAUGGCUACAUGGGACCCCACGGUCCACUGCCGGCAUUACCACUGCCCGUAUUACACCAGCGAGGAAGACAUCCCGUAUAGUGAAGACCAGGGAAAUCCGUGGGAAGACUGUGAGCAUUGGCGCCCAGACCCAAACGUUCCAGGCGACUACUGA